CCCGAUAGCCCGAUAACGUAGCAGGCCAGGUGAAAUUGCGUUAACAUAUAUGAAAUCCAACUAGUCCUACUUAUUUAAGAAUUAAGAGUCGGGCUGCUGUGCUGAGGCUUCGCUGCGUAAGUACGUGCGUCUAGAAGGAUCGGCCGACGAAGCAAGCGAAUCGGAAUCGACCGGUGUGUUCGGAUCCGUUCCGGCAGCCAGCUGCAGACUCGCGCAUAACGCCGCCCAAGUUCAGAUUUCUGGAGGGGACAGGUCGAUCUCUCGUCAACCAUGGCAACGGUGGCCCUGCUCUCACGGCAGCGCCUUUUCGCCUGCUCCUUGCGUCUAUUCAGUGGCGCCCACCCCAGGUGCGUGACGGCGAUGGCCAGAACACCGAGUCCGGCCAGCGACUCCUGGCCAAUGGCGAAUUGCCGGAACCCGAUCCUGCCCGCCGCCAGCAUCCGCUUCAACCACAAGUCCGCCAACCAUGCGGCGACGGCUCCUUCACCUCCCGCAGUCAACAGUUCCGGCACAGGCGACAAGGAUGAGAAGGCAGCCACUAGCACCUCGUCCAGUGAUCUUUUCGGCGAGGCGGCCAACAUGGGUCUCUUCGCCAAGUUCAAGCACAUGUACAAGCAGUACUGGUACGUGCUCAUCCCGGUGCACGUGCUCACGUCGGUGGGCUGGUUCGGAGGCUUCUACUACCUGUCCAAGAGUGGCGUUGACGUGCCCGCUCUGCUGCAGUACGUACACCUGAGUGAGACCAUCAUUGAGAAGGUGCAGGGCUCGGACAUGGGUCACUAUGCCAUCGCCUAUCUCUGCUACAAAGUGGCCACACCCCUGCGCUACGCCCUCACUCUGGGCUGCACCACAGUGUCCAUUAAGUACCUGGUGCAACACGGCUACAUCAAGCCCAUGCCCACCAAGAGCGAGCUGAUAAAGAUGUACGAGAACAAAAAGGCCACUCGGGCCAGCGCCAAGGCGGACAAGGCUGAGAAGGACGAGAGCAAAUGAUCCUCGGCCACAGGCGAGGACGCCACCACCUCGGUGGAGUCGUUGCCGUUGCCACAGCCGCAAGACCCAAAACCAUCGCCACUGCUGCUGCCAUUGUCACUUCCCCAGGGGAUCGGCGAUCAGCAGCGACCGGCUGACAGCAAACAGCGUGCAGUUGACCUGUUGUCUUUUUUGUUAAACUGUCGUCGCUUUUGCUGGCACUGGUGCUCAAAAAACCUAACUCUUGUCCGGGAUCACAGCCGGUCACAAAAACAGCUCCCUCCGCACUGAGUCACACAUGCAGAUAGGCCACAUCCCCACCCCCGAAUUCCGAUUAAGAUACACCCUUGGAGUUGUAUGAGUAAUUUACCCAGUUUAUGUUGCAGUUACUAAGCCGCUGGACGUCGUCAAUAAAAAUCAAAACAUACCCAAUACCCAAAACACAGAUCCGCAGGACGUGAAGUUGCGAAGUAGUCGUUUAAAGAUAUAUUUUUUAAAUUUGAGAAAAUUGUCGCAAAGCAUACUUUAACUUUUAUUAAAUUUAAAUACAAAUAAAAUGAAGCUGGCACCCCAGUUCAAGGGCGUGACUGGAGUCGCCCUAGCGGGGGUGCAAAUUGUUGACAUACUUAUUA